GCCCGCCGAACACUAUCCUCUCGGCCCCGCCGCCCCCUUCGCGCCUUUCCCCUCCCUGGCCGCCGCCGCCACCCUGGCCAUCGCCGCCGCCUGCCACCGCCGAGCGUCGCCCCCCUCCUCCCUCGCUCGAGGUCGGCUCAUUGACAGCCCUCCCCUCAGGCCCUCAUCCUCAUCUCUGUCCCCCCUUUCUCUUCUCUCUGGCUCGGUCCUCCCUUGGUCUUCCUUUCCUGGCGGCGACGACUGGGCGGGCGGCGGCGCCAUUCCUCACGUCUUCGCCCAGCCCUUUGCCCUCGAUAAGCAUCCACAGGUUGUGCCGUCCAAAUAACUUGUGUCUUACUGCAUUGAACUCGUCUGUGCUUGGAAUGGCAGCACCCAAGCCCUUUUCUCGGCUUAUUUCCCAUGUAAUUCUAGAUUUGGAUGGCACCCUCUUGAACACAGAUUCUGUUGUAAGUAAGGUGGUAAAGCCAUUUCUUGUCAAAAAUGGGAAAACGUGGGAUAGCAAGAAAGCGCACAAGCUAGUUGGGAAGACACCUUAUGAAGCUGCAGCUGUUGUUUUGGAAGACUAUGGACUCCCUUACUCUACAGAAGAGUUCCUCUCGAUGAUUACUCCAAUGUUCAGUGAGCAGUAAUGCCAUUGGAGCUUUCGUACUCAAAUGCUACUUUAUGGUGUGUUUUUGGGUGGUGCAACAUAAAACCUCUUCCAGGAGCUAAUCGGCUGAUAAAACAUUUAAGGAGUAACGGGGUGCCUACUGCAUUGGCUUCAAACUUGCCAAGAUCUAAUAUAGAAGCCAAAAUUUCCUGCCAUCAGGGUUGGAAAGAGUCUUUCUCUGCAAUUGUUGGUGGAGAUGAAGUGGAGAAGGGGAAGCCAUCCCCAGAUAUAUUUUGGGAAGCUGCAAAAAGAAUGAACACCACUCCUUCAAAUUGUCUAGUAAUCGAGGAUUCCUUGCCAGGUGUUACAGCUGGAAAAGCUGCGGGAAUGCAUGUCAUAGCUGUACCAUCAGUGCCCAAAAAGACUGCUGAGUUCAGCACUGCUGAUGAGGUGAUCAAUUCCCUCCUUGAUGUAAAGCCUGAAAACUGGGGUUUGCCACCAUUUAAAGAUUGGAUUGAAGGCACCUUACCAAUAGAACCAUGGUUUAUCAGUGGACCUAUGAUCAAAGGAUUUGGCCGUGGUUCUAAAGUACUAGGAAUACCAACAGCCAAUUUGCCCGCAGAGAACUUUUCUGAUGUAGUGUCAGAGCAUACGUCAGGGGUAUACUUUGGCUGGGCUGGACUUUCAACACGUGGUGUAUAUAAGAUGGUUAUGAGCAUUGGCUGGAAUCCAUAUUUUGACAACACCGAGAAGACAGUAGAGCCUUGGUUGCUUCAUGAUUUUGGUGAGGACUUCUAUGGUGAGGAGCUGCGCCUUGCCAUUGUUGGCUACAUAAGACCCGAGGCCAACUUUUCUUCUCUCGAGAGCUUGAUAGAGAGGAUUCAUGAGGAUGGAAGAAUAGCAGAGAGGGCACUAGACUUACCAAUGUAUGCUAAGUAUAAAGACUCGCCAUAUUUGAGAAACCCUUUGCAGCAAUGAAGUACUACUGAUGGGAGCCAGGCUGAACUGAAUUCCAAGUGAGAGCAGGAGGGCAAAUAAGUUGUCGCUUAUUGUUCUGUUUGUGAUAGAAGGAAAUACAUUGGUGUUGAUGCAGAAAAGAUUGGCCUCUUGUUGGUUCUUUCCACUUCCACUUUUUGGAAGCAGUGGUAGUUGACUAUAUGACUGUUCCUCAAAGACGUGUGCUGAACUGCUGAUACCCUUCUAAAGAAAAAGGUUUGAUGUUGAAAAGUUUAAUACUGAGAGCUAGUCUGCACUUGUGUUGAUUAA